AUUACAAUUACACUGUGCAGCAUUUUCUGAGUAUGUUGAUCUAUUUCCUGAAGCGAUGCAUUCAUCUGUCCCUUUAAACUGACACGCACGCGCGGGACUCGAGCGCGCGAGCGCGCGCCUGGAUGAAUUCCAGCUAGGAGUGAUCUACUCUCAUCCCCUGCUUUACAAUGGUCUAGUAUUCACAACAAAUAACUACCACAAACUUUUGUCGCUUGUUACGAAAAGUUUUUUUUAUUUAUUUUAGCUGGUGUUACGCAAUAUCAAACUUUCUCUCAAAAUGACUCUGGCAGUCAUUGGUCUUUUUACCCUGUUUACCAGCAUCAUCGCCAUCACGCCUGCUAGAGAGUUUGUAUCUCUUGCAGAAAGAGAAGAUGCUCUUCUUAGGGAGUUGUUUCAGGGGUACCAGCGCUGGGUCAGGCCGGUUCAGCAUGCAAACCACUCUGUGAAGGUCCGCUUUGGAUUGAAGAUAUCUCAGCUAGUGGAUGUGGAUGAGAAAAACCAACUCAUGACAACUAAUGUGUGGCUAUGGCAGGAAUGGCUGGAUUAUAAACUGCGAUGGAACCCUGAGAACUAUGGUGGCAUCACCUCUAUAAGGGUCCCGUCAGAGAGCAUCUGGCUCCCAGACAUUGUUUUAUAUGAAAAUGCUGAUGGACGUUUUGAAGGCUCACUUAUGACCAAAGCCAUCGUGCGGUACAACGGCAUGAUCACAUGGACGCCUCCUGCCAGCUACAAGUCCGCCUGCACCAUGGAUGUGACCUUUUUCCCAUUCGAUCGGCAGAACUGCUCUAUGAAGUUUGGCUCUUGGACAUAUGAUGGAAACAUGGUCAAACUAGUCCUCAUCAACCAGCAGGUGGACCGAAGCGACUUCUUUGAUAACGGCGAGUGGGAGAUUCUCAGCGCCACUGGUGUCAAAGGCAGUCGGCAAGACAGCCACCUCUCCUACCCCUACAUCACGUACUCGUUCAUCUUGAAACGUCUUCCUCUCUUCUACACACUCUUCCUCAUUAUUCCCUGCCUGGGCUUGUCCUUCCUAACAGUGCUGGUCUUCUACCUGCCCUCUGAUGAAGGGGAAAAAGUCUCUCUCUCCACCUCCGUCCUGGUGUCCCUCACUGUGUUCCUUCUCGUCAUCGAGGAGAUCAUCCCUUCUUCUUCCAAGGUUAUCCCGCUGAUUGGAGAGUACCUGCUUUUUAUCAUGAUUUUUGUCACUCUCUCCAUCAUCGUGACCAUUUUUGUGAUCAACGUCCACCACCGCUCUUCAGCUACUUACCAUCCCAUGUCUCCGUGGGUGCGUUCGCUGUUUCUCCAGCGGCUGCCUCAUUUGCUCUGCAUGAGGGGAAACACAGACCGCUAUCAUUACCCAGAGCUGGAGCCUCACAGCCCUGACCUUAAGCCCAGGAACAAGAAAGGGCCACCUGGCCCUGAAGGAGAAGGUCAAGCUCUGAUUAAUCUGCUGGAGCAGGCUACCAACUCGGUUCGCUACAUCUCACGCCACAUUAAGAAGGAGCAUUUUAUUAGGGAGGUAGUUCAGGACUGGAAGUUUGUGGCUCAGGUGUUGGACAGGAUUUUUCUCUGGACCUUCCUCACAGUCUCUGUGCUCGGCACCAUCCUCAUCUUUACACCUGCCCUCAAGAUGUUCCUGCGCACACCUCCACCUCCUUCUCCGUGACACUUGAGUCAUUCCAUUCAAAUACAUCACAUCGCAAAAGGAAAUUUUACUCUACCACUAACAUUACAGACAGUGCACAUUACUAUGUAAAUGUAAUUUGUUCGUUCACUGCAUUAAAGACUCAAAUGUAUGAUUAACAAUGUAAGAUGACCAUGUUAAACAAAUGUGAAGUUAGCAGAGUAGCAUUAUUUGUCCUUAGUGAUACGUUUAAAACUUUUGUUUGUAGAUUAUUUAAUUAUUAAUUCUCAAAAUUGUAUGUACACUCAACAUAAAAAACUCACAAAAAAGAAAGAAAAAAAAAACUUAUUUUGACUUAUGCAAGAAAAAAUUAAAUCUCC